GAUUAUAAUUUUUUUAGUUCUAUUAAGUAUCAUAAUCUUUGUUUCUUACUUCUUUGCUAAAAGGAAAAGUUCACUUUUGAGUAUUCUGAUGCAAGAAAGGGAGCAAUUUUCGGUCAUAUGAAUGCAUUAUAUAGGUAUUAUAGGCAUAAGUUGAAGAAGAAGUACUUUGAUUCAAAGGCAACUUAUUCACUUCGUCUUCGAAACAAGCCUAAGGAUAUGGAUGUAAAAGAUUGGAAGUAUUUGGUUAAUCUUUGGACAGAAAAUGCAUUUCAGGAGAGAAGCAACAAAAAUAAGACAAAUAGAUGCAAGCGUUCUAUGCCGCCAUACACGGGGACAAAAAGCUUUGCUCGGCUGAGAGAUCAUAUGAAGAAAAAAAAUGGAAAAACACCUUCUCGCUUAGAGCUUUUUCUUGAAUCCAGAAAGAGAAAGGCAAAGAAAUUGAUCCAAUAUCACAAGAAGCCAUUGAAAAGUUUCAGCAACUAAAGAAACAACGAGAAGAAGGACAAAUUUCACUGGAUGAUGAUGCUAUGUUUGCUGAUGUACUUGGGCCAGAAAAAAAUGGUUAUGUACGUGCUUAUGGUCUUAGAAAAAAUGUCACGGAAUAUUUUGGUGCUAGACCUACAAAGAUAGAACUACUUAGACAACUUGAUACUUCAAGAAGAGAAGCAAACGAGCGUGCCCAACAAAUUCAAAAAGAAGCAAGUGAACAAGUAAAUGAUGUUAAGAAGCAAAUGGAUGAGAAACUUGC